AUGAUCGAUGAAUUUGGUGGAUACAAACGAUUUAAUGAAGAUACAAGGAAUUACAAUAUUAAUUUUAAUUUUCCAAUUCAACAACUAACACCACCUCAACCAAUACCAGGAGCAGCACAACAUCAACCACCAGGACAAAUACCACCUCAACCAUCAGGACAAGUACCACCUCAACAAUCAGCAACAGCACCAGGACAACAGCAAGAAACAAUAUCAUGUUCAAAUGAAUUUGUUCUUGGUUGUCAUCGUUAUGCAGUUCAUCAUCAUCAUAAUGCUGGUGAUUUUAAUUUUGAAACAAUAAUAAACUUUUCUGAUGGUCGAGAUAAAAAAAAUACUUUUUUUUAA